UAAUCUGUGAUCUGUGGAGAAUAUCAAACCAGCAGGGAAACCAGGAGGAACUGUUUUAAACGUUUUCAUAAAUAAUUAAAUACCAGAGAUUAAAUUUAGUGCUUUUGGUGUGUUAUUUGGUUUAGCUAAAAGUUUUGAGUCAAUGUAUUUAGUUUGGUUGUAGUUAAAAUGUCUGUUUAGCAUGGACGAUCAAUACAAAUUGUCGCAGCGUCUUUUGGUUGUUGUUUGUUUUCUUGUGUUUGUGUGGAUAUGCAGGCAAAUAUUCGAGUAUAACUUAUCAGAUUUAUCACUUUAACGUUGGUUUGUAUCAUGUCGAAACAUCGAGUCUCAUAUUUUUUUAACCCCGAUGUGGGAAACUUCCAUUACGGUACAAAUCAUCCCAUGAAGCCCCAUCGACUGUCUGUUAUUCAUAGUUUAAUCUUAAAUUAUGGUUUGCACAAACAUAUGCAGAUUUAUAGACCUUAUGUAGCUAGUGCUCACGACAUGUGCAGAUUUCAUUCAGAUGAAUACAUUGAUUUUUUACAGAAAGUUACUCCACAAAAUAUAUCUUCCUUUACAAAACAUUUAAGCCAUUACAAUGUGGGUGAUGAUUGUCCUGUAUUCUAUGGCUUAUUUGACUUCUGUUCAAUGUAUACUGGAGCUUCAUUAGAAGGGGCCAUGAAAUUAAACAAUAAUGACUGUGAUAUUGCUAUAAAUUGGUCAGGUGGACUUCAUCAUGCAAAAAAGUUUGAGGCUUCAGGUUUUUGUUAUGUGAAUGAUAUAGUUAUAGCGAUUUUAGAAUUACUUAAAUAUCAUCCUAGAGUUCUUUAUAUUGAUAUUGACGUGCAUCAUGGCGAUGGUGUUCAAGAGGCAUUUUAUUUAACUGAUCGUGUUAUGACAGUUAGUUUUCACAAAUAUGGGAGCUACUUCUUUCCAGGAACGGGAGACAUGUAUGAAAUUGGAGCUGAAAGUGGUCGUUAUUAUUCAGUCAAUGUUCCUCUAAAAGAGGGAAUUGAUGAUGCUAGUUACUGGCAAGUCUUCAAACCUGUUAUUUCUAAUGUUAUGGAAUUUUUCCAACCUACUGUUAUAGUAUUACAAUGUGGAGCUGAUUCUUUAUCUAAUGACAGAUUAGGCUGUUUUUCGCUGAGCAUAAAAGGUCACGGAGAAUGCGUGAAAUUUGUCAAAAGUCUGAACGUACCUACUUUAGUAGUAGGUGGAGGUGGUUAUACGUUAAGAAACGUCGCUCGUUGUUGGACAUACGAGACAUCUCUAUUGGUGGAUGAGCAAAUAUCAAACGAACUACCGUAUACGGAAUAUUUCGAACUGUUUGCUCCAGAUUUUAAUUUACAUCCAGAAUUAACGAAGACUAGGGAUAAUUUUAACAAUAAACAAUAUUUGGAAGCCAUUACAAAAUUUGUUUAUGACAAUUUGAAAAUGGUCCAGCACUCGCCGAGUGUCCAAAUGCAUAAUGUCCCCGGUCCAGCCAUUCCAGAAAGUUCACGAGUAAAAGAGGAAGAAGAUCCGGAUGUGCGUAUUAGUCAAGAUUUGGAUGAUAAAAUGGUGGAAGCUAAAAACGAAUUUUACGAUGGAGAUAGGGAUAACGAUAAGGAUGAUGUUAAGAGUUGAAGAAAUUGGAAAUUAUUGGAAAAAAUGAAGACAGAAUAACUUUGAAGAUUGAAUUAUUUAUUAUUAAAUUGAAUUUUUCAGUUUUUCCAAUAAUUGUCUAGACAAUUUUAAUUUUAAGAUUAAAUUAUAAAUAUAUUUAGGUGUAAUUUUUAUUUUUCCUAUAAAUAUAGAACAUAUUUGCUAUUUUAUUUACUAGAAAGCUGUAAUUUUUUAUUAUAAUAAAAAAUAAUGUUUAG